CCUGCUUUGAACUGCACAUUCAUUUGUAAUUUGUUCUCCGCUUCGACUUGUUGUGUUUGACGUAGUGCGUGUAACUUGCUUGUAAAUAAACGAGAGAGAGAGACGUACAAGAAGACAGUGUGUGGUGCAAUUCCGAGAAUUUGAAAAUUUCAGUAAAAUUAUUAUACGCAAAACUGCCUAAAAACGUAUUAAUCUGUGAAAUAUUUAGCUAAAAUCCAUGAUUAUUUAAUGUGUGGCUAUAAUUUAUUUGUAAUGUUGUGGAAAUAUAAAAUUUGAGAAGAAACCAAAUUAAGUUUUCCCAGAAAGGUCAAUUUCUAAGUAAACGAAUUUCCAAGAAUUCAAAUUCGAUCUGCGCUGUUGUGCAUAGUGUUGUGUGUGCGUGUAUACAUGCGCCAGAAGGACGCAGUGUAGAUCACAUACACAAGUGAAACGAAGGAGGGGAAGUGUGCAUGUUUGUGAUGCAAGUGCAAGAAGGUGCUGCAUAGCCUGCAUAUUUCCGCGAAUUGGACAAAUCGCUGCCUCUGCAAUAAAACAGCAAAAAAAGGUGAAAUAAUUUGGUUGCUUUCGGGCACAACAUACAUAUUUAUAUUAGACAGUAGUGGCAAAAUAUUCUAUAGCAGUAUAUGCAAAAUGUGUGAAUUAUUGCGCUACGUUAGCAGCACAACCAUUGUGUUGUGUUUAGCGCUCUUAAUCGCUGCAUUCCAUGAGGAUGAUGUGGGUAUGACAAUACCAUCACAUGUUGAUCUUAAUGUGGGAGACAGUGUGAAUAUAUCAUGUCUCUUAAAUCCCACCCGAUUUGAAUAUCCUUGCGAAAUGAUAUUCGAAAAUCAACUGACCAAGCUACGUGUCCCUCCGGAGGACAUUGUGGUAAUGAACACAAGUUACAUCGUUUAUAUGUUUCGAAAUGCACGAGAACAAUCGCUAAGGCUACUUUGUAAAUGUGAUAUGGAUGCAAUCGCAGAAUCAACCAUAAACGUGGGCACCCCACCGCGCGCUGUCAGUCAAUUCGAUUGUCGUAGUUUUGAUUUCGAAUAUAUGGUUUGUAAUUUCACUCAACCUGAAAAUGCCGUACUUACACAAUACAAUCUCACCUACUACAUCAAUUCACCGGAUUAUGAAACGCCGGCAUACUGUAAUUUUGAUAUGAAACCAUUAGUGGUUUGUAACAUCACCGCGGAGCAUUUAUACCGGCCACAAGUUGAGGAAUACCAUUUUAAAGUACACAGCAGCAACUCCCUAGGCAGCUUUAAGCAAGAAUUCACCAUCAACAACCUGAAUGUUAUGGUGCCAGCGCGACCAGGUCAAGAUUUUCGUAUUACGAAAUUAACCAAAGAUAGUAUGGAUGCCAUUUGGAGUAUGCCAAAAUAUGACUCAUAUUCACCGAACAAACACCGUGGAUUACAAUGGGAAAUACUAUUACAGCCAGAUGGGUUUGCAGUGCAAAAUAUCAGUGCUAGUACGCAAGCACGUUUGGUACGCUUUGAUCGCGGUUGUAAGUUGUCACUAAUUGAUCUGCCAUAUGCGCACUAUUGGUAUGAGUUGCGUUUACGAGUUAAAGUGCGUACCGCUGUUGCCGGUGAGGAUAUGUGGAGUCAAACAUUUAAGUAUCGUUUCCGUACGCGACCACGUAUGCCAGAUAGGCCACCACGCACUGAUAAUGGCGGUUUUUAUAUAAAUCCAUUGGAAACCGAAGUGCGCCUCUAUUGGGAGCAAUUAGAAAAGUGGGAGGAAAAUGGCGAUAACUUUACGUACAUAAUACGUGCGUUGGAAAAGCACAGCAAUGGACAAACCAGAGCACUACGGCCACGGCAACAAGAGGCAAAUUUUGCCAUUUUCGAUUGGCACAACGUUUUGCACUAUACUUUCCAGUUAAGUAGUCGUAAUCAUAUGGGGGAAUCCGCCAAUUCGAGCUUCAUUACCAUAUAUCCACAAACGAGUAGAUUUGCCAAACAUUAUACACCACACUCCAUACAUAAUGUUUACCAUGAGACAAAUCGUUCGUACACGCUAACCUGGCUGCCACCACAAAAGCAAGAGGGUCUACAAAAUUAUACCGUGUACUGGUGUUAUUCGAAAUUGGCCAUGCCCACCGAUUGCAGAGGCUCAAUACAUUUCCGUCAUGUGAGCAGCAAGACGCAUCGCUUCGCUACGGAACCACAAUCGGUCGAACAUGAUCACUCGUUAACGCUCGCCGUGUCCGCCAAUUAUAUGGAUUAUAAUACCGGUAUGCAUUGGACUUCGUGCAGUGUUGACGUGAAUGCCGAUUUUGAACCCAUGGAACCGGAGGUCUUAUCCACAACCGCAACUGAAUUGCGCGUACAAUGGAGCUCAAAGACAGUAUGUCCAUCAAUUUUGAGUGGUUAUAAUUUGACCUAUUGCGAGGUGGCUGAUACAACAACAGUUGACGAGCGCGCAACACCGCCUAGCGUAGCGGACGAUCUAUUUGAGCCGUUCAGUCGGAGCGCUAAGACGGUGCGUGCCGAAAAGGCGGCAUGUAUUAAUACGCCCACAACGAUACAAAUCGAUAAGAAUUGGAAUAAGUUUAAUAUAACUGGCUUAAAGCCGUUUACGCAAUAUCGUUUGGAAAUGUUUAUGUUCUCCCACGAGAAGGCGGGCAAACCGAAUGAACAACUACUGGUGCGUACGUACGAAUCGGCGCCUUCACCACCACGACGCUUACAGGUGACUGUGCUGACAGAUACGACGGCGAACAUCAGCUGGCUUGCGCCCAGCGAGAGUAACGGUUAUAUACGUGAGUAUAUUGUGAAGCUAAAUAAUAAGGAAAUUUCGGUGAAUACCACGCUUUUGGAGGAUCGCAACAAUAUUAGUUUCCUCUUGACGAAUCUAACCAGUUUCACGUCGUACAAAGUGUUUAUUAUCGCGGUCACAACGUACAGAUCGAAUCACAGCAACGAUGUACACUUCACUACGUUUAUGAGCGCGCCCUCUAAAAUGGCUUACUCCGGUACAACGUACGUGAAUCUAAAAGAAGUGCAGGUGAAGUGGUCGCCACCUAGCCAGCCUGGCGGUCGUUUGGACUAUUAUGAGAUCGCCGUAACUGUGUUACGCGGUGAUUAUAUCGAACGUCGUCGGCUGUCCGUCGUCUUCGGCAAUAGCUGUGUGCUGCGUAUACCCGCCUGUCCCGAUCCGGACUAUCAAACGAAAGUGGAAGUGCGCGCCAUAAAUGCGGGUGUGCUCGCGAAUAACGAAGUGAAUCCACAGGAUGUGCUUGAACACCAGAUCGAAUUCGAUCCGGACAUACAUCAUUACGAAGGUAACGAAGAAUUAGUAUGUGUAGGUACGGACAAUGCAGCGGUUGCAGCGCGUGAAAAGUCUGCAUUGUUGCGUUAUCACAAUAAAGACAAUUAUUACUUGUACAAGUCGGAUUGGUAUCCGCUGACUAGCUUCGGUUGUUCACAGCGACAACUUGGUAAAAUUACCGUUAUCACUUUAAUGAUUGUCUGCACAACACUGAUGUUGAUGGCGCUUAUGUUCUUCGCGACGAAAAAAUGGAAAAUGAUGAGCGAUAUACAAUGCACACUGCCCGAAGCGUUGGAUGCACACAUCAAGAAGGCGAAUGCCGCUGGCGGCGGUGGCUUUAACGGCGGCACCAUAAUCAACGGUGAUGUUGGUGGUAUACACGUCAAUGAAUUUCUAGCAACGUCACCGUCGCGCACCAUAACCUCACAACCGUUACACGACAACCACGAGCGACUGCACAAUGAGGAGCAUCACUUGUUGGGCCGACAUAGGCAUGACUCGGGCUACAUUUGCGAUGAGUUGCCAUUCGAACGUAGUAUUAGCGCGCUGACGGCGACAACACAGCUCACGGACAAUGUGGAAGAUUUGCGUGACUACGCGCACUCUGAAAGUUCGUCCGAUUCGUUGAUGGGUAGCACAGGUAGCAGUGGUGGUGCUAGCGGUGAACCGGAAGCACAGGACGUAGCACCAUUGCAGCGCAUAACUGAAGAGCCUACUGGCUACGUACAAGCCGGUGCUUUUGGCGGUUACGUAAUGGCAGACAAAUUGAACGCCUGGUUGCAGCCAAAAGCGCCAGUGCAACCAGCAGCAGCAGUGCAAGCCAACACGAAUGGUUAUGUGCAAGCGGAUGCUCUACUUGCGGCAGCGACGAAAAACAAGAAAAGUAUUGCACCCGUCGCCGCUUUCAGCGGUUACGUUAACCCCACAGAUCUGCCACAAUGGUCCGCAGAGACACAAAAUACACCGACAACAACAGCAGCAGCAGCAACACCAAGUGCAAAAGUAAGCGAGGUAUCCGCCUGUAGCAGUGGUUACAUAAAGGAUACAGAUUUAAAAAUGCCCAGCGCUUGGGCACUACCGCCACAAAUACGCACCAAUGGCAUUGAGUCGGUUAAUAAUAGUGAUUAUAUAAAUGCAAGUGAUUUGUGUGCAGCUACGGCAAAGUGGACAGGUCAACAACAACCAAAACAGCAGCAGCCGAAUGCGCCAGUUGCUAAUAACAGCGGUUAUAUAACGGUGGAUAGUCUAAAUGCCACAAAGCCAAGUGCAGUGACACAGCCACCAGCCAACUCAAUUAACAAUAAAGCACAGACGACUGCACCGAUAACUGUCAACCAAUCGACCAGCAGCGGUUAUGUGCAACCAAGCACUUUACAAGCGUUACUUUUCAAUGGGCCUGCAACAGCAGGUGCUGCACCGUUAAACAAUACGAAUUUAACGAAUUUUAGUGGUUACACAACAUUGGAUGCGCUGGGCAAACUAACGCCACCACAAGGCGACGCAUCCACGACGGCACAUAGGCCACAGCAAGCUGAUGCUAAACCGCGGCUCAUGGGCUAUGUGACGCAGCGUGAAAUGAAUGAAUUUGGACAACAACAGCAAAUGCACUAGAGGAAUAACAAUAACAACAAAUGCACUAGAGGAAUAACAACAACAACAAAUGCACUAGAGGAAUAACAAUAACAACAAAUGCACUAGCUGAAUAAAAAUUACAACAAAUGUAGUGAACUUUCACUUGUUGAAGAAUUCGGGGAA